GCCGGCAGUAUCAUACAGACACGUGGAGGGGGAGGAUGUAUCACCUUUAACGCCCCACCCGACACAGUUAUACACACAAAAACACCCUUUCCUGCAACCCCACGCAUUAUAACGGGUGUAUAGUGAUAUAAUAAGUGAAAUAAGACCGUGAUGUGCUUAUAGUGACGGGAAAGCGGGAUUAUUUAGCGGUUUUAAGAUGAAUUUAGCAGAAAAAGGAUUGGAUUCUGUUUAACGCUGGCAGUGGCAGGUUCAGGAUGAUGGCUGUGAGGUGUGAAUGGGACAGAGGUUGAAUACUCACAACCAGCCUGCCCCCGCCCCCCCCCGACGAUCCCCCCACCCUUCAUAGUCACCCCUACACCCCCUCCUGUGAAAAGCCAGCAGGAUGUACAGCUCCACCAACCACCACCACCAUCACCACCACCCGCACCACCACCACCUCCAGCAGCAGCAGUUACAGCAGCAGCAGGAGCAGUACCGGCAGGGCUUCACGUCCCCUGAGAGUGCUGCUGCUGUGGAGAUCUUCGAGCAGCUGUGUGCCGCGUCCACCUUCAAAUCUGUGCUGCAUCAUUACCGACAGCUGUGUGACGUUCUGAAGUUGAAGCCCACGAAUAUUUGCAAUUUUUACCCUAAGCUCAAGUCGCGGCUUCGGUCAUGGAAGGCGCAAGCUCUUUGGAACAAGUUUGACAAGCGGGCAGCCCACAGAUGUUACAACCAUGGCAAGGCGUGUCAGGACUGCAAGGUUCUCAUCAUUGGGGCUGGUCCGUGCGGUCUGCGGUCAGCCAUCGAGGCGCAGCUGCUCGGGGCGAAGGUGGUGGUGGUGGAGAAGAGAGACCGCUUCUCCAGAAACAACGUACUACACCUGUGGCCCUUCGUCAUCACCGAUUUGAAGCAGCUGGGCGCUAAAAAGUUCUAUGGAAAAUUUUGUGCUGGUGCCAUCGACCACAUCAGUAUUCGGCAGCUACAGUGCAUUCUCCUGAAGGUGGCACUGCUCCUGGGAGUGGAGGUGUUUGAGACAGUGUCCUUCGAGGAGCUGGUGGAGCCCCCAUCGAAUCAGGAAGAGAAAAUCGGGUGGCGGGCCAGAUUGUCGCCGCCUGACCACCCAGCUAACCAGUUUGAGUUUGACUGCCUGUUUGGGGCGGAUGGGAAGAGAAACACACUCCCCGGAUUCAGACGGAAGGAGUUUCGAGGCAAAUUGGCCAUCGCUAUCACUGCCAACUUCAUCAACAGGCGGUCCGAGGCGGAGGCAAGAGUGCAGGAGAUCAGCGGCGUGGCAUUUAUCUUCAACCAGAAGUUCUUUAAGGAGCUGUACGCGGCCACGGGCAUCGACCUGGAGAACAUCGUGUACUACAAAGACGAGACCCACUACUUUGUCAUGACAGCCAAGAAGCAGUCACUCAUCGACAAGGGCGUCAUUCUAAACGACGUCCCAGACACUCAGGAACUGCUGCACUCCUCCAACGUGGACCGCACCGCCCUGCUGGAGUACGCCCGGGAGGCUGCCGACUUCUCCACCAACUACCAGCUGCCGCAUCUCGACUUUGCCGUCAACCACUAUGGCAAGCCGGAUGUGGCCAUGUUUGACUUCACCUCCAUGUUUGCCGCUGAGAACGCCUGCCGGAUGUGGGAGAGGAACGGACACAAGCUGCUCACCGGCCUUGUGGGGGACACGUUGCUGGAGCCCUUCUGGCCGACGGGAUCAGGGUGUGCACGUGGCUUCCUAGGGUGCUUCGAUGCCGCCUGGAUGCUGCGCUCUUGGGCCGCAGGGAAGAUGUCGCCACUGGAGGUACUGGCAGAGAGGGAGAGUGUGUACCGACUGCUGGCUCAGACCACGCCGGAGAAUUUAAGUAAAGAUCACGUCUCCUACAUGCUGGACCCUUCCUCUCGGUACCCCACCAUCAACCUACGCGCUGUGCUGCCCUUCCAAGUACGUAACCUCUUCGACACAGAUGACCCCGCACACCUAGAGGAGGUCGCGAACCCUCACCUGGCCAACACUGAUGACAUGCCCAAGAAGAGGAAGAGGAGAGACUCAUUCAUCCACCCAGACACUCUGCUGGUGUGGUGCAAGAAGCAGGUGGCACUUUAUGACUCCGUGAAGGUGGAUGACAUGGCCGGAUCAUUCAAGGACGGCCGAGUGUUGUGUGCCAUUAUUCAUCGCUACCGGCCAGACCUCAUUGAUUUUGACGCCCUGAGACCAGAAGACAUUGCUCAAAACAACCAGCUGGCUUAUGACAUUCUGGAGAGGGACUUCGGCAUUCCCCCUGUGAUGACAGGGGCAGAGAUGGCGGAGAUCGAGGUGCCGGACAAGCUGACUAUGAUCUCCUACCUCUCCCAGAUCUACGACGUCUUCCGGGGAGAGAUACCUCACUUCAAGUACCCUAAGAUGGAUGUGGGGGAGAUGGAGGUGGAGGACGGCGCCACCCAACGUUCCACCACUCGCCAUGUCAAUAUACUCAAAAACCUGACGAACAAGACAGCAAGUGUGGCGCAGGCAGCUCUCUCUGCUAGGAAAAGACUGUCUCAGGAACGUGCGGGUGCCAAGAGCGACGGGCGGCUGACGUGUCGUGUCAUUGAGGACGGGGGCAGUGUGGCGACGGGGGAGAGGAAGGGUGACACGCUGAAGAAAACAAAGAAGAGGCGAAGUGACCGGGUGACCUCCCCUCUGGAGGAAGAAGAUUCAGAAGAGGAGGAGGAGGCUGUGCAGCGGAGGGAGGAGAUACAGCUGAACCGUGCAGAAUACUUACGGAAGCAGAGAGAACGUAGGGAACUGGAGAAGGUGCGGUUCAUCCGGUCAAUGCAGAUGCUUCAAUUCGGCGGAAAUUCCCUCAACCCGAUCAUCCAGCCGUCCUACGAGAGGGACAAGGAUGAGGGAAUAUCAGAAUACCGAAAACAAACCAAAAAAACAAUGAAAGAGAAAGCAGAGGAACUGGAACGGAAGUUGAAUCACCGGCCUGACCGCAGUCUGGAGGAGGGAGUGACAAGGAAGACCCACCAGGACCAGUCGGGAGAUUUCAACGAGAAAGUGAAGGAUUUGGAAGCUAAAUUCACCAGUCGAGGCAACACUAAUGCAAGCGACAGGAAGCCAAAGGACCUGCUGCGGGCCAUCGGCAAGAUUGAGAAGUCAGACUGGAAUGUUGCCGCAAUCGAGAAGAAGAUGCACGAGAACAAGUUUGGGUUGGAGGUGUCGGCCGGCAAGGAGAAAGUCCCCAUGUGGUCCAGGGACAAUUAUGAUGACAAGUUCCACAACAUCGAGAGAAGACUGAGAGAGAACGGAGAGGACGAGGAAACCAUUGCCAAAUAUCGAGACAUAGACUCCUCACUGAAGCGCCUGGAGAUGAAGCUAAGGGAGGGUUCGACCUUGGAGACUGGGCUGAGGGGCAAGAACAAGGUGUCCAACUUAGCCUCCCAGCUCUCCUCCAAGCUUGAGAAGAAGGAGCCAGAGAAAGUAUUGGUAAUGAAGCAGCAGUCCUCCAGACCCAUGGUGCCGCUGCCCUCCUCUGGGUCGGACCUGUGCCACUUCUGCGGAAACCGGGUGUACCUAGUGGAGCGCCUCAGUGCAGAGGGCAAAUUCUUCCACCGACAGUGCUUCAAGUGUGACUACUGUGCCGCCAAUCUCAGGCUGGGCAACUACAUCUAUGACCGAGAGGGACGUUAUGGGGGUAAAUUUUUCUGUAUCCCCCACUUCGGCCUUGCCCCGCGUGCCAAGGGACUGAGAUACCGCGGCGAGGAUACCGACAGUGCCAAGGAGAACAUCGUGCCCACCACCACCGCUGCCGCCACCACCACCGCCACAGCCACUCCCAUCCAGCUGCAGGUGCCGACACUGGUGGCAGGGGAGGCUGGGGGGAAGGCUGGCACUGGCACUGGUCCUGGCACCCCUACCAUUGCUGGCCUCACCCCAGAGGACCGUGGCACCACCCCAGAACGUGUGGAGUUUGAGAAUUCACUAGUGGAGCAGAGUGAUGAGGAAGAAUACCUAUCAGAGGACGAGUGGACCGAUCGGAAUUUUGGAGCCUCCGCAAAUGAGCUGGAUGAGUCAGAUGGAGAGGACAGUGACUACUCAGAUCUCAGCGACGAGGAAGUGGAGGACGAGGAGAUGGAGUUUCUGGAAGGAGGUGGAAAACUAACUGCAGCAGAGACCCGUAGGUUGGCGGAGUCUUGGCAGCGGAGAUAUUCCACUGAUAACUUAGAUGACUGUGAUUCUCCACAUUCCGGCAAGGAGUCUGAGUCGGAUUUAGACUCGGACAACUACAGCGAGGAAUGUGGAGCAGAAGGAGACGAAAGCCACACAGCCACAGAGGGAGAGGGAGGAGAGGAUGAUGAUGAGGAGGAGGAGGAGGGGGAGGCGGUGAAGAGAGCAAGAGAGCUGCGGCGUCUGGAGGUAAACAUAGAUGUCACUGCGCCGCCCAGAAAAGCCGAGACUUCUGACAGCGGCUCGGAUACUGAGGUGGCGAGUGACGAGGAGAGCGAGGAGAGCGACACUCAGAUAGACACAGACUCAGAGUUUGCCGAUGACCAUGUGCAGCCCGGGCCGCCCAAGUCCAUCCCCACCAUCGUCAUCAACGAGACUCAUGACCCGCGGCAGGAGAGCCCCGCCCCAGAGGACAAGGCAGGGGAGGAGACCAGGGGAGAGGCUAAGGGCGAGCCAAGGGCCAACUUUGUGUCCCAGCGCAUCGAUCUCGGCCAGAAGGAGGACGAGGACAACUGGGUGAAGGAGAAUGGGGAAAAGAGUGCCAGUCUGACCAAUCUCAACGAGACAGGCCAGGCCAACCCCCGGGCGGAGCAGCUAAAGCGCCUCCUGCAGCGGACAGACUCCACGGAAGCCAUCGCGGCCCAGCGUGCCCUGCAGCUGAAGCGCCAAUACCUGCUGGGGGAGAACUCCAACCUGCCCCGCAAGUCGGUGUCCACGGCUGACCUGGGGAACCGCUUCAAGAGCUUCAUGGACAAGAUCUCCGAGACGCAGAAGAUGCUGAACCCAGCGCCGCAGCCCAGCGCUGCCAUGCAGGCCUUCAUGAGCACCUCUGUGUCCUCCCUGCGCAGCCCCUCCUCCUCCCCCUCCUCCCCUCAGCUCACCGCUCGCUCCAUCUCCCUCCCCCAGGGUGAUGAUGCGGCCCACACCAACAAUGCCACCACCACAUCCUCCUCCACCACCACCGAGGAGACCAGAGGCACCAGUGACGCCAUCACCACACGUGUGGAGUCCUCUGUGUACCCCGUGGAGGGCCAGGAGGGGCGGGAGGGGCAGAAGGGGGAGUUGAAAGGCUUCCCGUCCCCUUCCAAGCCCCCUCAAGGUGAAGAGGAAGCCACACAAGCGCCAGAAGAAUGCCUCGGCAAGAUCCCUCUGUCAGAGAGCAGCAGUGGGUCCAGUGAGUCAAGCAGCAGCAGCAGCAGCAGCAGCAGCAGCAGUGGGGACGGUUCAGAUUACGACAACGUCCCCACUGGCAGCAAGUGGUCCCCCCCCAAGAAGUCCCCCACUGCCAUUGAGCUCCAGCAGCACCCCAGCACCGGCGUGACAGACAGCGCAUUCAGUGACGGCGACGUGCGUACCAGCGACACCACCACUGACCUCCUGGCCUCCACACAGCCUCCCCCUGACAGUGACGCAAGGGGCAGUCAGGAGGCAUGGGUGAUUGGUGAGCCGGAGGGGAGAGGCAAGGACAGUGACGAUGACAAUGUGUUUGGCCUGUCACUCCCCGGGGACACUGACGCAGGUGUGGAGACUGUCAACCGGGAACUGGUGUUGGUGAAUGCCCCACGGUCCCUCGAGGGUCCCUGCACCGGGGAGGCCGUCACGCUGCAGGAGGAGGAGGAGAAAAAGGAGGAGGGCACCAAGAAACCAGUUCUCUCUCUGGUUGAUGACCUGGAGAGAGAGAACGAGGAGGACAAUGUGGAUGAGCUCUUUAACAAGUUAGCCAGUGAUGCAGUGGAGGACAUUGACAAAUUCUCCGAGCUUGUGGAGUCCUCAACGGCAAACUACAAUGGCUUCCCCUUCUGUGAUGACCCCAGCCCCAAGGAGACCGAGGCAGUGAUAGCCUGUGAUAGUGAACGGAAGACAGACGCAGCCAGUGUGACCGUGUGUGUGGCCAGCGUGGCGGAGAGUGCAAGAGACGACCAGGAUGUGGAGAAUGUGAAGGACGCUGUGACUUUAGCAAGUGAGAGUAACUUAGCGGUGAUCAGGGACUCAAGCAGGGAGGGCAAGGAGGCAGAGGUCGGCAGGGAGGCAGGGGUGAGUCCCAAGAGUGACCAGCCAUCGCCCCUCACGCCCAGCCCCAGUGAGGAGCUGCUGCCACCACCCACCAAGGAGAGCCUGUCCAGCCCAGAGGAGGGGCGGGAGUACACAGAGACAGAGCUGUCAGACUGGGCGGGGGACAACGGCGGUGUGAGUGCCGGCGAGGAUCUGGAAGUGGAGGUGAACGAGCGUGACCGUCCCUCCCACCGGGCGUCACUGCGGGGCAUCGCCAGGAUAGCCUCCGAGGAGAGUCUUGGGGACACAGACUCUGCCAUCUCCAGCGGACAGAACGUGACCACGUCCGCGCCAGCCAAGCCGCCCACCACCCUGGCCGACCUGGACGGCAUAGAGUUUAUGGACACCAGCGAGAGUGCCAGCAGCCCAGAGGAACUCACCCACCAGAAGCAGGGCUACCAGAAGCUGGAGGAGGAGACGCCCACCACGCCCCUGGCACCACAGAUCUCCCUCAUCGGCCAGGCCGGCCCCACCACCCACGCCUCCCACAGCAGCAGCAGCAGCAGCAGCAGCAGCCAGUCUGACAGCACCAGCACGGAGCUGGACACGUCACAGAGCAGCGUGCAGGAGGCCCCCAGCGCAGCGCAGCAGACAGAGGGGAGCCCAGCGCCACCACCCAAGAGCAUGUCAGAGCCCCCGUCCCUCAGCGAGCCCCGGGCCAGGAUGAACGGGGAGAGACGCCACGACUCCCUGGAGGAGUGCACCUCCCCGUGGCGCUAUGAGGGCUACAUCCCACGCUUCAAAGAGCGCAUGAGUCCAUUUGGCUACGUGCGCGACUCCAUCGACAUGCAGAAGAGCUCCUCCAGGACCUCCCUGGCCAGCCCUCGCACACUGGAUGGUCAGAGGGAGGACCACCAGGAGGAUGAGGAGGAGGAGGAGGAGGAGGAGCAGCGCCCUUGCCUGAGUGCCGAGAGCAGCCCUGCGAGGAGCAACCCCAAGGUGUCGCCCAACACGGCCAAGAAGCAGAUUGAGAGCAGCCUGAAGAGCCGUGACAGGGACAAGGAGAAGGACCUCAUCAAGGAGAUGGUCAUGUCCCGCAUCACCCGUCGCAGCUCGGAGAAGACCCCCCGCCGCACCUCCCGCACCUCCCCCAGCCCCCUGUCCUCCACUAGCUCCCGCACCUCACUGUUCAGUCCCCAGUCCUCUCAGGAGAACCUCCUGGAGAAGCAGGGCAGCACCACCACCACGCCCUCCACCACGCCCUCCACUGCCACCGAGGCCCCAGCGGAAGAGUGCGGCAAGCGGCACAUCCACGUGGACAGCCCGACGUUGCUGCGACUGGACACAGUGCAGCAGGAGCUGCCGGACGGCGGCCAGACCUUUGGGGCGGAGGAGAACAGGGCCAAGAUUCGCGUGGGGAACUUCUUCCGCGAUGACAGUGUGCUGGGGGGGCCAGGGCGCAGUGGCAGUCUGCACGACGUCAACGUGCCCUUCGUGGAUGAGAGUCAGGAUGAGGAUGCGUCCGAGCGACGCGAGGCGUCCUGCCGCAGCACACCCUCCGCCAGCCGCCGCAGCCCAGCCACCAAGCGUGCCGGCAUGCUGGAUGCUGCGCCCCGCCCCAAGCUGCCAGCCACUCCCCUUACCCACCCGGAGCAGUUCUCCAACCCUCCUGUCAAGUUCCCAGGGCCACCUUCCAGCCCCCCACCCUCCCUCAACUCCCUUGCCUCCGUCAGUGCCCCCAACACCCCCCGGGGCAGUGCCACGGCCCCAGGGAGUGCAUCCUACACCCCCAGGAGUACCCUGGCCCCUAGGGGUUCCCCUGCCACCCCCAAGGCCACCACCACUCCAGUGCCCACCUCUGUCACCCCAGUGCCCAUCCGGCCACACCGUGCCUCAGCCCACGCCAAGGGCCUGCCCAGCCCCAGUGAGCGGCCCCUGUCCACUCCCAACCUGGGAACAGUGGAGCGGGAGCGAGCCAGGGAGGAGGCCCGGGGCCGUGCCAAGCUGAAGACAGACCACGACCUGGGCCUCAGUCCCCCCUGCCUGGCCGACAACCUGCGGGAGAAGCUCAAAAAGGGCGGGGCAGGCGAGGCCGAGGCAGAGGCCCCCUCGGCCACACCCCGGGCCAGCAAGGCAGGGGAGGGAGCACCUGCCACCGCCGCCAGGGACAAGGAGGAGCGGGUGCGGGAGCUGCUGGAGGAGCAGCGGCAGCACCGGCAGCGGGAGGCACCAGACGCAAUGGAGGAGCCAGCCAGCAAGGAGGAUCGCCUGCGGGAACGCCUAGAGGAGUACCGGCAGCGGCAGCGCGGCGGUUCCACCCGCAACAGCACCACUGCGGCAGCCAGCAGCAGCGGCAACAGUGGCGGCGACGGACGGCCUAAGAGUCAGCUGCUGCGGCGCCACACACACCACCGGCCAUCCCUGCUGGAGCUGGAGUCCCUGCAGGUGUUCACGGCCAGCCUGGGCCCCAGUAAGUCUGCCUCCUGUUCCUCGGUGCCCCUGGCCGGCGCCGCAUCCUUCACCACCCCCACCCCCGCCCCCUCACACCCCACACCCCCCACCCAGCCCCCCACACAGCAGCCCUACUCCGUGCCCCCAUCCCCCGCACCCUCCUCCACCACCACCGCCUCCUCCACUACCUCCACCCCCGCCAGCCAGCCCUCCCAGGACUCCCCCUCGGACAAAAAGCCGUCGGGCAAGAAGUCCAAGGACCGGGAGAGGAGGAGGAGCCUCAUCCAGGUGUUCACAGGCAUGUUUAGCAGCAAAUCCGACGACAAGAAGAAGGCAGACCAUCAUUCAGAAGCCAGUGAUGCCCACUCCACCACCACCACCGCCACCACCGUCGCCUCAGCCCCUCCCACGCCCCCUGUGCCCCCUGCUGCAGCCCCCCCCACGGAGACCCCCAAGGCAGCCCCCCCUAAGAGCCCCCUAACUGUGCGUGACAAACUAUCAAAACUGAGACUGUCAAGGUCAAAGGAGAAGAAAAAGAGUGACAAGGGGCGUUCAACCAGCAUGGAUGAAGUGAACCGCAAGAAUGGCCAGGACCCCAGAGCAGCCCUGUCCCUUCCUACCUCCCCAUCCCGCCGCCCGCUAACUUUCUUCCCCUCAUCCUUCACUAAAGCCUCUUCGCCACCCCAGGCUUCAGGCUCCCACCACCCCUGCCUCGUCUCCCCACGGAUCGAAGAGGAGAGCCUGUCAGAGGAGGACGCUGGCACCCCAUCCGGCACCCUGGAGCGCGGGCAGCAGGCACCGUGGUCUGGCUCUAGUGGGAGGAAGCAACGCAGUGCAGCAUUCAAGGCGGCUCGGCAGGCGGAGCUUAAACGAUUAAGGAUGGCACAGGAGAUUCAGAGGCAGCUGGAGGAGUGCGAGGUGAAGACAAGGGAGCUGGAGGAACGUGGUGUGGCGACUGAGAAAGCCCUGAGAGGCGAGGCGGGCGGGGCGGAGCGUGACGAGGCAGAGCUGAUGGGCGAUUGGUUUGCAAUGGUGCACGAGAAGAAUGCAUUGGUGCGAUGGGAGCAGGAGCUGAUGGUGCGCGCCAAGGAGCUGGAGCUGGAGGACAGGCACGUCAGGCUGGAGCAUGAACUGAGGCACCGCAUGGCUCUCUCUGAGCAUGAGAAAUCCCGCGAGGACAUCGACCGCGAGGGGACCAUCCUGGCGGAGAUGCUGAGUAUCCUGGAGCAGAAGGACGCGCUGGUCACCAUGCUGGAGGAGGACAGACAGAGGUGCGGCCACCACCACACCCCCUCCACCCCAACCACCACCGCUGCCUUACCUCCAUGCUUCCACCUUCCCCACACCUCUCCCUCCUCCCCCACGAGACUGCUGACCUCAGACACCCUCAGCCCUGACCUUGCCUUGGAUUCAGGUCUACUGGGACCACAGAAAACCAUCAGUCUGGCUUCCCUAAAAUGCAUGAAUCUUUUCGCUGACCUUCCCUCAAGUAGACCGAGUAUCUUUGACCUCGACCCCUGUAGCCGUGCCUGUACUCACUCCCAGCAUGCAUUUGGGAAGGCCGGCCCAUAUAGUCAGCUGGGUCGGGUCAGACGCACCACCGUUCCUGACCUGACCAGCUGGAUGACUCUGCCAUUGUCUGACCCCUCGCAUCCAUCACACCGCCGUUUUAGCCUAUCCACACCCAUUCCUGUGUGCACGGACUCCCGUAGGUCAAGUCUCUGUACCCCCAUUCUGUCAGCUGGGCAGUCUGACGAGGGUGUCAGCCCCACACUGCGCACCAUCUGUGGCUAUGCGGUGGCGGUUGUGGUGGCUGUCUGGUUCCUGCCGUACUUCCAGGCUCUCCUCUUACUACUCCAGGGAGAUGGGCCUCCACCGCCCUCACCGUUCUGAUCAGCGGCUGUAGACUUGUCACUUUUGAUUAGCAAGCUGUACAUGGAAGAGGACCGGGAUUUGGAGGCGGUGAUGCUGAGGAAAGGCUUGCAGCUCUCCCCACUCAGACGGGAAACUGGCGUGUAAACUCAUAAAGGCUCGUGUAAACUCGUGUCCAAAUGUGACGUGUUUAUCGAGCAGAACUCCUUACUGCCUUCUCGCUUCCCCUCAAGGCAGUGCUCAGUGAGGCUACAAUGUGUUAAAGGGUAUUUCAGGGAUCGUCUUAUACUUAACUCCCAUGCCAAGGAAAGGUUGGUUUUAUCUAUGGCGCAAGGAAGGAAGGAAAUGAAGGAGGUUGGCUGGGUGUUCACUGCGCUGCGUCAGAUCAGCUGUGCAAGUGUUGGGUAUGGUGGACGAAGUUGUUUGGUUCUUUUCUGUGUUUUUCCUCAUUUCCACGGUUUGUUUUUUCGUCCCGGUCGACCCACCAGUGCAGAGAAAUUGUCUUGAAAGUGUAGAUGGAUUUGCUAAGUAACUGAACUCCUCUUCUCUUCCUUGCCCUCUCUUUUGUCCUCCUCCUCCUCUUGUACUCUCUCCUAGUGCCAAGUUAUCCCAUUCAUAUAAACUUUUAGGAACACGCUCAGACAAUAAGUCAUAAAUGAGAAAUUUUAUGCUUGAGUAAGGAAUGAAUGAAGACGUUAUAGUCCCCGCUGUCACUUAUGCAAACGUUAUGCAAAGCCAUUCGUCAUUUAGCAUUGCCUGAGUGUCGUGAGUGGGCGCCGCUGCUGCAGACGUCCCCCGUUAAUGCUACCAGCUUGCAGGAACAGCGGCAGACACAAGCAAUCCAAAGCAGCUGCAAUGUAGGACUUAGACUAAAUUCUGUAUUCUAAAACUUUGUUACUGCACCUCCAUUAAUUUCCAAAGGCUCUAGUUGAAGGUUAUCGAGUUUUCAAGGCUGUUUUUCAGUUUUGGUGAUAGAUUAACAAAACUUACACAUUACUAAAAGGAGAAACAGACUUGAGAACCCGGCUAGCUGUCUCUGUGGACUUUGGAGACAGUCGAGGUAAGAGAGCAAAGCAUUUUUCAAUAUGGAAACCAGACCGAUCAACGUGACUCAUUCUAGCAGCUUGUCUGGUCUCUAAGGCUUUCCCAGAGUGACUUAAGGAUCUGUGUUUUAAAAUGUAAGGCCUCAAACCUCAGCAGACCAACCCCACUCUAUAUUAAAAUGAAGUGGACUUGUGUUUUGUCUCAUUGGUUUGUGUUCAGCAGCUUGGUUGGGUCUCUAAGGUUCCCCAUUGGCUGUGAAGGUCUUGGUAUUGAAAUGUAAGGAGCCAAACCCAGGCAGACCAGUCACACUACAUUACAAAGGAGUGUAGGCUUGUGUAUUGUCCUGCUUGGUCGUACAGGCUCCCCUAUAGUGACUAAGAAGGAUUUUAGCUCAGUGCUGCUCAUCCUGGACCAAGUUUAAGGAUUAGACCCAUUCAGACCAGCACUACUUAUUCUGUGUUUAAAUGCAGGAGUGUAGGUACGUGUUGGACAUCUUGUUUGAUCUCUGAAGCCUUUGUAGACUGAUCAAGGGUGACUUUACUCCAACACCACUCAUUCUCAGUUGAAACCCAAGACACGGAGAUAGACAGACCACCACUCAUUCUACAUUAAGAUCCAGCAACAUGGGUAUUUGUUAAACCCCUCAUUUAGUUUAUUUCAUGGAGUAAAAAUGAUUCCCACAACGCCAUUCAUUCUGCAUCAAAAUCUACACAUGUGGGGUGUGUGUUGGCAUCUUGUAAGACCUGUGAAGCAGUGCAGAGUGUGUACGAGGGAAGAGUCUCGCAGGACAGGGAACGCGGUGGGAAAUGUUUGGUCUCCGAGGCAGUGCAGAGGUCAGGUAGUCAGGAAAUGGUCUCAGAAGGGUCAUUAGCUGCCUGUGUGACAAUAUUCAAGCCUCCAAACCCUGUGCCUUCUUCAUUAGGUGAGCAGCAGCAGCAGCAGCAGCAGUCUGAAGUGCUGGUGUUGUGUGAGGCAGGACUUGGGGUGGUGUGGGGUGGCUGUCUCCUCCUCCUCCUCCUCUUCUUAUCUCCUUCUCUUGUCUCCUCUUUCUCCUCCUCCUCCUCCUGUUAGAAGUGAAUUGCAGUUUAUAAAUUGGUUAUGUUAUCAAAAAAAAUUGUAUAUUGGAAUGAAUGAUAUUUUUCCUUUCUUUUUAUGUUUAGUUCAUGUUCUCAAAGAAAAUUGUUCACAGAUUGGAAUUAACCAUGUAUUUCUAUCUAUUUUAUGUCUAAUUUGUUUUUUCAUCGUUUUCUAGGAGAAUUUUUAAAAGGUUUUAUUUGUAAAUAUGAGUUCGGGUUUCAGAGUUGAUGGCAUUAGGUAAGCUUGUCACUCACGUCAAAAAUUCACGCAUUAACCACUCAUCGGUGCAUUUUCCAACAUUUUUCUCCGUCAAUGUGAAUACCACACUCAUGAAUCAGGGUAAAACAAGCCACUAGAUUAUCUUCACUCGUCAAGGCGAGGAUCUGUAAAUGUUCGUCAGUUGAAAUUCUCCAAGUGGUGCAACGUCUCAUCUCAUCGACAAGCUCAGCCUCUCAAAUCAAACCACACAGGACACAGUGAGGAGUGCAUCAGUUCACUCACUCACCACACUCAUCACAUUCACACACUCACUCUCCUCCACCCACAACAGCACCUGUAGGAUUCACUUGAGGCACCUCAGUUGACCGCAAACAGCCCUGGUUCUCACCCCUCCCUUGUGACACCUGGCGCAGCACUCCCUUCAGCCAGGUGUGUGGGUGAACAGGUGUGUCAGGUGUGCAGCGUCCCUCCAGGUGUGUCCCAAGCAAGGCUAUUCCAAGUUCAUAAGCCGACUUAAUAUUUUCUGUGGCUCUUUCUCUCUCUCAUCUGCGGCCCGGCCAGUGUCUGCUGCCGGCUGCCUCACCUCAUCAUCCUAACUUAUUCUCUCCUGCGUUGUGUGAUUAGUUCAGUUGUGGAGAGCAGCAAUAACAAAAGAGCAGUCGGCGAUGUGUACCUACCGCGAUUCUGUUGUGAUAAAGCAAACGUACAGCUUUUUUUUAUACUCCUAAUCGAUUCCUAGCUUUAAUCUGUGCAUUUGUAAAUAGAAACUUAAGUAAAUGAAAUAAUGUACACUGUUAAUGCACCCACACACACACACACACACACACGAACACAAACACACACAAACUCACAUGAACACACAUACACAGCACGAAAAUUCACGAGUUUUUACAUAACCGCUUGUAUUUAGUUCUGCCCGAAUUUAGCUUUUGCUUUGAUUACUGACACUGAAGAACCUCCCAGCAGUCUAGCGUCAGUCCACAAGGCCAGACGGAUAGACAGACAGACAGACCGACAGCAGGUGCAGGCGGCUGUCAUUACCGAGGGUAUAAAUAGUGUUUUUUGGAGCAGCUGCAGGUAUUUUCCGUGUAGUCAACCUUAAGUCCGUGUGUCAUGAAGGUCUCGGAUCUGUGUGAUUCGAGGCCGGGUGUAAAUGGAAUCAUGCCCUAAUUUAUAUAUCUUUUGUACUGAUUCACUCGUCUCAUUGAGGCUGGUAUCGGCGCUUGUAUCAUUAUUUACCAUGGUGCUCCAAAGUAAAGGAAAUCUUGCA